UAACGGUUUCCCCAAGCUCCCUGUCAUGGGCCAACUUACCCAGCUACCCGAUCUCCAGACGCACUAAGUCUUGGCCGUCAUGUUGUGCGCGGACACCCCAAGCCGCUGUUGAUAAACACCGGGCCCGAGCCCUGACCCCCGGAGGAGCUGUCGCCAUGGCUGAACAGACCUAUUCAUGGGCGUAUUCCUUGGUGGACUCCAGUCAAGUCUCUACGUUCCUAAUUUCAAUUCUUCUCAUAGUCUAUGGCAGCUUCAGGUCUCUCAAUAUGGACUUUGAAAAUCAAGACAAGGAGAAGGAUGGUAGUAGCUCGCCUGGAACAUUUAGUGGAAACAGCACCAAUAAUAGUAUCCAGACUAUUGACUCCACACAGGCUUUGUUCCUCCCCAUAAGAGCUUCAGUUUCGCUCUUAGUGAUGUUUUUCUUUUUUGACUCCGUUCAGGUUGUCUUUACUAUUUGCACUGCAGUACUUGCAACAAUAGCAUUUGCAUUCCUCCUCCUCCCCAUGUGUCAGUAUUUAACACGACCCUGCUCUACUCAGAACAAAAUCUCCUUUGGCUGCUGUGGGCGUUUUACAGUCGCAGAACUUCUGUCUUUUUCCCUCUCUGUGUUGCUUGUCCUUAUUUGGGUGCUCACAGGUCACUGGUUGCUCAUGGAUGCGUUGGCCAUGGGACUCUGCGUAGCAAUGAUUGCCUUUGUGAGGCUACCUAGUUUGAAGGUAUCCUGUCUCCUGCUGUCAGGAUUGCUUAUAUAUGAUGUGUUCUGGGUUUUCUUUUCUGCCUACAUAUUUAACAGCAAUGUAAUGGUGAAAGUGGCUACUCAGCCUGCAGACAAUCCUCUUGAUGUCUUAUCUAGAAAGCUUCAUCUAGGACCUAAUGUUGGUAGAGAUGUACCCAGGCUCUCCUUGCCAGGAAAACUUGUGUUUCCCAGUUCCACAGGGAGUCAUUUCUCCAUGCUGGGAAUUGGAGAUAUUGUGAUGCCUGGACUUCUCCUUUGCUUUGUCCUUCGCUAUGAUAACUACAAGAAGCAGGCGACUAGUGAAUCGUGCGGCUCCCCAGGGGCCGCAAUUUCUGGGCGCAUGCAUAAGGUCUCCUACUUCCACUGCACGCUCAUUGGGUACUUUGUGGGUUUAUUAACAGCAACAGUGGCAUCUCGUAUACAUAGAGCUGCUCAGCCUGCCCUGCUCUAUUUGGUACCAUUCACCUUAUUACCCCUUCUCACUAUGGCCUACCUGAAAGGUGAUCUACGCAGAAUGUGGUCAGAACCAUUCCAUGUCAAGGCCAGCAGCUCCCGCUUCCUUGAGGUAUGAUGGGAGCAGAAGACACACAAGGCCAAACUUGUCAGGAUUUCCUAGUUUUGGUUUUCUCUGCUCUCUGGAAAUCUCGGCAUGUAAUUGACAUGACGACAGCUGAUGGACCUUGGAUAAAUUAAUUUUGUGUAAAAUAACAACAACAAAAAGACUUUUCUGGAAAAAGGUUUGUUGCUCUUCUCACUGCAGAUGCCCUUUACUUGUGAGAGUGGCUGUGUCACCCUCAGUGAUGCCCUCAGUGACGCCCUCAGUGACUCAUUCUAUAUCAGGAGCGGACAAGAUAAAGUUAAAUUAAACCAGAUCCAGCAGGAUUGUGAGGGUAAAACCAAUCAGUUGUAUCCUGCUGGUAGCUCUGUGUAGCAUGUGACAUUAAAGGCCCCUCUGCUGCUGACUUUCAGAUCCCUCACAACCUGUGGGACCAAGACCCCAUAUGGAGAGGUGACGUCCUCUCUCCAGCUCCCCUACCUGUUCUUGUUUUUUAGUUAAAUAUCUUCUGUGGUGUGAAGUGACUUUUUAGAACCCAACCAGUGUGUGAGUUCCUCGCAGUAUAUCCAUAGUCUGUCGUAUUUAAUUGCAUUUCACCCCAUGUCAUUUUGCAGAGGGCAAGACUGCGUUAUAUUUUCUAUGGAUAAUAUAAAUAUUCGCAAAAGAGCUGGAUCAGGUCAAGCCUCCUGCGAUCUGUCGCAUGUUCUGCACUUUCAUCUUUAGCUUUAGUAUGACUAAUCCAUCCCAGCAAAAGUGAAGCCUCAGUUCCAAGCCAAUGUAUUGUGUGCUCGUUCUGAUGUACUCAUGGGCUGUUUAGUGACUGUAUUUGGUUCUGAUCAAUGUAGUGAUCUAGGGCAGAUGAAAUGUUCCAAACCUUUUGUCUCUCCAA